UUUGCUUAGUCACCAGGGUUUCUUUUCUUUAUAUUCCCACUCUUCUUGCCACUUCUUUAACAUCUUCACUCCUUUCUUUUUGUAGCAUCUGAAAAAAAAAAAAUAUAGUGUAGCUGAAGAUUUGAUAUUGUGCUAGCAAUGGCCACACCGAGAGAGCACAUUGAAGAGAUACGCAAGACCAAGUUUUCUAUCGGAGGAGACCCGAAUCCCCUCACGGAGGAUCUGCAUCAGGCUGUAAUGAAUCUCUCUGGCGAGCUUUAUGCUAAGGAUGUUCAUUUUCUCAUGGAGCUUAUUCAGAAUGCUGAAGACAAUGAGUAUCCGGAAGGAGUGGAUCCUUCCUUAGAGUUUGUAGUAACUUCUCGAGACAUAACUGCUACAGGGGCUCCAGCUACGUUACUGAUAUUCAACAAUGAGCGAGGCUUUACCCCCAGGAAUAUCGAGUCCAUCUGCAGUGUUGGACGCUCCACCAAGAAAGGGAAUCGCAGGCGUGGUUAUAUUGGUGAAAAAGGAAUCGGAUUCAAGAGUGUUUUCCUGAUCACUGCUCAGCCUUACAUAUUUAGUAAUGGCUAUCAGAUACGAUUCACUGAAGGACCCUGUCCACAUUGUAAUGUGGGAUAUAUAGUUCCUGAGUGGGUUGAGACGAAUCCAACUCUUUCAGUCAUUGAAAGCAUCCACGGAAUUGGUACCGCUCUUCCCACCACAACAAUAAUAUUGCCUCUGAAAGCUGACAAGGUCAAACCUGUGAAGAAUCAGCUCUCCAACAUUCAUCCGGAGAUUCUGUUGUUUCUUACGAAGAUUAAGCGGCUCUCGGUUAGAGAAGACAAUGAGGAUUCCAAACUUAACACUGUGAGUGCAAUUUCUAUUUCAAGCGAGACAAAUUUUGUCACGAGGAAGAACAUUGAUGCAGAAUCUUAUAUGCUCCAUCUUUCUGCCGAUGACACUGGUGAUGAUGAUCUAGAAAAAGAAUGUGGAUAUCAUAUGUGGAGGCAAAGAUUUCCGGUGAAGAAAGAUCACAAAGUCGAAAGAAGGAUGGAGGUAGAAGAAUGGGUAAUUACUCUAGCUUUUCCUAGUGGAAAGCGUCUUCUUAGAGGAAUGCAGUCCCCAGGGAUUUAUGCGUUUUUACCCACUGAGAUGGUGACGAACUUCCCUUUCAUUAUACAAGCAGAUUUUAUCUUAGCAUCAUCAAGGGAAAAUAUCCUCUUGGAUAACAAAUGGAAUAAAGGAAUUCUUGACUGUGUCUCUACUGCUUUUAUCAGUGCCUUUACUUCUCUCGUGAAAGAUACAGAAGCUCCCAUUUCAACUCUGCCUCGUAUGUUUGGUUUUUUGCCAGUCAAUAAAGGUCCCUACACGGAGUUGAAUGCUGUGAGGGAGUCGAUUAAGCAGAAGAUAUUAAACCAAAGUAUUGUUCCUUGUGAAUCAUACUCCGAACAGAGGUUUUUUCAUAAACCGUGUGAAGUUGGUGGGGUUUUGCCAGCCUUUUGGAAUAUUCUGGAUAAGGCUAGGGGGCAAGGUGUAGCCUUAGAUAACAUCUCCUCGCAUGGCACUUAUAUUUUAAGUUCUUCAUUUGACAAAAAGGAGUAUGAUCAAAUUCUGGAAUUCAUGGGAGUGGAAUUUGUUGGAAAUGAUUGGUAUGCUAAAUGUAUCCAGAGUUCGAAUAUUAUAUUGGGUGUGUCUGAGGAUGUUUAUUUGGAGCUUCUCCUUUUCGUAGCUGAGAAUUGGAAAUCUAGUUUUUACAGCACCAACAUGAAGAAUGCAUCAAUCUUGAAGUACGUAGAUAUUCAUGGCACUGUUUCCCUGACUAGUGUUGGUGAAGUAUCUCAGUAUUCUGGUGGAAAGCUGUUCAAAUCUACGGAGGAUCGUUAUGCAUCCUGGUUAAUCAACUGGAGUAGGGAGUUCAGAGGUGCAACAGAUCACUUGUUCAUGCCAAUUUCAACCCAACAAGCUAUUGGGUUGCUGAGUAAAAAGCGGAUCCUACUUGAUUGGCUAUCAGACCAAGCUAAUGUCAAAGCGGUGAGUGUUUAUGAUUAUGCACUUCUGCUCAACAGGUUGAUAAGUAAUGAUAAGGAGCUGGCAAUAGCAUACUGUCAUUUUGUUUAUCACACAUUUGCAAAGAAGUAUAUGUCAGAGCAGAAUGUUAAAGAAAUAUGUGGUAGCAUGCCUCUUGUUGAUAGUUAUGGGCGGAUGAUGGGGCAGAGGAGACAUGUACUUCUGCCUGCCAACGGAAGUAACUGGGUAGAGCUGAUUGGUACUAAUCCAUGGAGAACUGAAGGAUAUGUUGAGCUUGGAAAAGACUAUCUGCAACCAGCGAGCUAUGUUGGUAUUCACACAGCUAACAGAGAGUUGAUUAGUUUCUUGAAAACUUAUGUUCCAGCUUUUGAUAUACCCAACAUAUCUCCUCCAGAUGCUGUAAUCCCAACCAUGUCAGCUCCUUUAACCAGGAAAAAUGUGUUUCUGUUACUGGAUUGGAUUCGUUACUUGAGAAGGAAAGGGAUUAACAUACCCCAAAAAUUCUUGUCUUGCAUUAAGGAAGGUAGCUGGCUGAAAAUUUCUCUUAAUGGUAGUUCCAGCUACAGACCUCCGUCACAGUCAUUUAUGUUCUCGUCAUCAGGAGCACAUAUCUUACAGCGAGAAUCUGAGCUUGUUGACAUCCCGGAAGUUGAUAUGCAAUUUUAUGGCCAGAAGAUAAUGGAUUACAGGGAGGAGCUGAGAGUUGUAGGGGUGAUGUUUGAGGUAAAUGAAGCAUGCAGAUUUAUAGGAAAUCAGUUGAUGUCUAUUGCAGCAUCUUCUAACUUAUCCAGGGAUAACGUCCUUUCGAUACUCAAAUUCAUCAAGUUUUUGAGGCUUAAAUUACUUUCUCCAGCAGAAUUUAUUAAUAGCAUCAAAGGUGGGCGAUGGCUAAGAACAAAUCAAGGUGAUAGAAGCCCAGAUGAGUCAGUUUUAUACAACGAGGAGUGGAAAGCUGCUAAGGAAGUUAGUAAUAUUCCACUUAUUGAUGAAGUUUAUUAUGGAGCUAAUCUGAUGUCUUAUAAAGUAGAACUGGGGCUGAUUGGUGUGAGAGUGAACUUUGAUGGCAACUACCAACUUGUUAGUGACAACUUGAAAUCUUCGCAUUGCUUAAGUUCUCUUUCUGCUGAUGCUCUCUAUUUGAUACUGAAUUGCCUCCGGCAUUUGAGGUCAACCAGCAAUUUGGUUCAUGCUCUGAAGGAUAAGAAAUGCAUCAAAACGAAUGGUGGGUUCAAAUCUCCUGCUGAAUGCUAUUUGCCUGACUCCGAGUGGGGAUGUCUUUUACAGGUUUUUAGUUGCUUCCCGCUCAUAGAUGAAAAUUUCUAUGGAAGCAAAAUAUUGUCCUUUAAAAGUGAACUAAAGCAAAUUGGGCUAGUGGUUGAUUUAGAUGAGGCAUCGAAAAAAUUUGAAGAUGUUUUCAGGAAGCAAGCGUCGUUGCACUCCAUUGGCAAGGACAAUGUUCUUGCACUUCUGCAAUACUACAAAAAACCAAAAAGCUCCACCUUUCCAUCAAAUUUAAAGAAGUGUAUUCGUGAGGUCAAGUGGUUGCGUACUCGACUUGGUGAUUAUAGGGUGCCUGCUGAUUGCAUUCUUUAUAGCCAAUGUUGGAAAUCUAUCUCAUCAAUCUCCCUGCUCCCAUUCAUUGAUGAUAGUGAUACUCAUUAUGGGGCAACCAUCCAUGAAUAUGAAAAGGAGCUCAAGAGUAUGGGUGUUGUUUCUUCUUUUAAAGAUGGAGCACAUUUUGUUGUGAAUGGCCUUUAUUUGCCACAGGAUUCUAGCAGCAUAACUCCUGAAAAUGUGUACUCGUUGCUGGACUGUAUCCGUAAUUAUAAACCGGAGAACCACAAGCUGGAGAAUCAGGAACUUUUUCCAUCAACUUUUGUUGAAAAAAUAGGGAGAAAAUGGCUAAAAACAUAUUCAGGCUUCAACACUCCAAAGAGGUGCUUGCUCUUCAGUCCUGAUUGGGCUCGUUUAUUAGAAAGGAGUGACGGGCCUUUCCUUGAUGAAGACUUUUAUGGUUCCAGAAUUACAGAAUACAAAAAUGAGCUUCGUUCUCUGGGAGUAAUUGUUGAUGUCAGAAAUGGCUGUUCUUUGAUGGCAGAUUACCUUGACUUCCAUUCUAGUUUCACCACUGUGAGCCGAAUAUAUAACUAUUUGUUUGAAUUCAACUGGAAGCCCGAUGACGAGGACAACAAAAGAAUUUGGGUCCCCAGUGGUACUGAUAAUGGUCAGUGGGUAAGCUCUGAAGACUGUGUCAUCCAUGACAAAAAUGGUUUAUUGGGAGCGCGGUUGCAUGUUCUGGAGAAGCACUAUAAAGAUAAUAAGUUGCUGAUGUUUUUCUCUCUUACCUACGGAGUAAAAUUGAACCCCUCUAUUGACGACUAUUGUGAGAUUUGGAAGUCAUGGGAAGCUUCUGGCCACCAACUAACUCAUGAGGAGGCUUGUGCCUUCUGGGAGUUUGUCAUAAAGAACUGGAGCUCGAGGAAUGGAGAAAUUUUAGCUCAACGGUUGUUGAAAUUGCCUGUAUAUUCAGGAUCAAGUCCAAUUAAUCUGGUUAAUAAACACGACGUAUUCAUUGCUGAUGAUCUGCAGCUGAAGGAUCUUUUCGAAAGGUCUUCUUUGGGUUCACUAUUUGUUUGGUAUCCCCAACCGAGCAUGAAAUCUCUUCCCAGAACUAAGUUGCUAGAAAUUUACAGCAAAAUAGGUGUUAGAAAUAUCUCGGAAUCUGUACAGCAAGAGCUCUCUGAGGUUGAUGCUGUCAAUCUGAAGCAGCUGAAACUGAAGGAAGUAUUUAUUGGAAAAGGAUUGUUGAGGCUUAUUCUUGGCUUUCUAGCUGAUGUUUCGCCCAAAAUGGAAGUAGAUGUUAGGCAUGACAUUGUCAGACCCCUUCUUGAUGUUACCGUCCUAGAGGCAGGGGGCAAAAUAACAAUGCGCCACACGUUAUCACUCUCCUCUGGUGAAACCCUCAAUGUUGAAGCCAGGCAAAUGCUCAGAUGGGAGAAACAGAUUUCAAAGCUUUUUGUGCAGAAAUUAGACAAGGAUGGGGGACCAAAAACAACAAUCGAGUAUGCUUCACAUUUUUCUGAAGUAGUUGCUGGAGGCUUAAUAUGGGAGAAUGAAGAUCACACGCGUCAGCUGGCAGACCUUAUAAAGUUGGGUUUUCUCGUGGAAUUCAAUGAGGAGGCGAUCAUGUAUCUCAUGAAGACAAAAAAUCUGCAGACCUUUUUGGAGGAUGAAGCAUUACUUUCUGCCACCUUUCCAGAUGAAUAGAUUGUGCAUGUACGAGGUAUCGUCUGCCUCGAAAAGGUUGUUGCUGAAAUUGUUUGUAGCCAUCAGAACUUGAGAUCCUUAAGCUGCACUGCCAGAUUUCAGCAGUUAAUAAAUUUGUCAACCUUUUAAUUUCAUUGUUUUGGAUUGUGUUAUUUUGGCUUCAGUUAUGCAAGAAACAAGUUAAUAUAUAAACCGUAGUUCUUUAAGAAACUUUGUGUUCUGGUGAAGUUAUCCUCUACAAUUAGCAAUGUGAAUUUAUUUGAUUCCACACUA